UUAUUUACAUAAUCUUGUCGACGUGGAUAUUUCGAUUAGAAUUCUAACCUGCGCAAUUUCUAAUAUAAAAAAAAAAAAGAAAUUAAAAAAUAUAAUUUUGUAACACGUGAAAGAGUUUGCGCAGAUAUUUAUCAACGUUUACAGUGUCAAGUUGGAUUUUUAGAUAUCGAAAUUAUUGGUCUUUAAAAUAACUCAAGAUAAAAUGGCUGGAUUAAAUUUAAACAGUUUAAAACCCGAAGAAUUCAGUAAAAUUAUCAAUUCAUUUGAUACAAUUUUGACAGAUUGUGAUGGAGUACUCUGGUUUCAAAAUGAUCCAGUAGAAAAUGCAGCAAAUGUCAUGAAUGCAUUUCUAAAUUCUGGAAAAAAAAUUUUCUAUGUUACAAAUAAUGGUACAAAAACUCGUGAUGAAUUGGUUGAUAAAUGUAAAAAGUUGCAUUUUACAGCAACAACUGAUAAUAUUUUAUGUACAUCAUAUUUAACAGCAAAAUAUUUACAAGAUAUGAACUUUAAAAAAAAAGUAUAUAUCAUUGGAUCACCAGCUAUUGCCAAAGAAUUGGACAAAGUUGGUAUUCAACAUACUGGAGUAGGACCAGAUCCAGUUGUUGGACCAUUAAAUUGUGAAUUAAUAAAACCAGAUGCAGAUAUUGGUGCUGUUGUUGUUGGUUUUGAUGAACAUUUUAGUGUCAUUAAAAUGCUCAAAGCAGCAACAUAUUUAAAUGAUAAAAAUGUCAAAUUUAUUGGCACCAAUACUGAUGAAAGAUUUCCAACAUCAAAUAAAAUGAUUAUACCAGGUACUGGCAGUUUCGUAAGAUGUAUUGAAACAUGCUCAGAAAGAAAAGCAACAAUAAUGGGUAAACCAGCUCCAUAUGUAUCAAGUUUGUUAUCAACACAAUAUAAAAUUGAUCCAAAACGUACAUUGAUGAUUGGUGAUCGUGCCAAUACUGAUAUUUUACUUGGUAAACGUUGUGGUUUUAAAACACUUAUGGUACUAACUGGUGUUAAUAGUAUUGAUGAUAUUAAUACAUGGAAAAAAUCAUCAUCAAAUGAUGAUAAAGAAUUAAUUCCUGAUUAUUAUACAUCAACAAUUGGUGAUCUUUUACCACAUAUCAGUAUUAAAAAAUAAUUUUCAAAAUUUAUUUAAAAAAAUCUCUAAUAACUUUGAUCAAAUUUAAAACAAAUGAAAAAAUUUUAUAUGACUGUAUAAAUGAAAAAUAUUUUUACAAUUUAAAUUGAGAAAAAUCUAAAAAAAAAUAUUAAUUAUUUUAUUUUUUUCUCGUGCACAAAUAAAUGAUAAAUAAAAAAAAAAUAAUUAUCAAA